AUGCGCUCGAUCUUCCACCGACAUCCACGCACCGUCCUGCUACUCAUCGCCGCCCUCAUAUCCACGUACCUCUUCUUCCCAUUUACCAUCGGCACCUUCCAAGCUCCCAACUAUACAGCCUACGUCCUGCGGGACGAUGGACUCCCGAGUCGGAUCGCACACGCCGAGGAGGAGUACGCCAACGUCGUUAGAAGUAGGAGGGAGAUGAUCAGGAAGUACGGGCCUGAGACAAGGGACAUCGAAUUAUUUCCCCCGGAUAAGUCGCCCUGGCCACCGUACACAGUGUGGUCCUUCUUCCCCGCAGCAUUCGAUUGCCCACACGAGGUCCUGCGGCUCGGCACGCUUGCAGACGGCGGUAAAUGGGUCUGUGGGCUCUCACGGCUUCUCUCCGCAUCGCCCAGUCCGCCCUCAUCCAACACCGACAACUCUCAUUCAGACGACGCCGACGACGACAAACCCAUAUCAAUGUCCGCAGCUUCACUACGGCCCUGCGUAAUCUACUCUAUUGGGCUGGGCUAUGACUCUUCCUUCGAAGCGGACUUGUUGGGACGUGCACCGCACUGUCGAGUGUGGGGUUACGACAACGAGCCGCGGGUCAAGGGAUGGGGUUGGAGCGGUGAAGUGGGACGCGGGGUAAAGGCGAGGGCGAGUUUCAAGCCGUGGAGCCUCGUAGGUAAAGAGGGUGACGGAGGCGAAGAUGAAGGGAAGUAUACGCUCGAGCGCCUGAUGGAGAUCAACGGUCAUACGCACAUUGACAUUCUCAAGAUCGACCUGGAGAGUCGCGAGUUUGAUACAAUGCGCACGCUUCUCCGACCAUAUAUCGCCUCGGGAAAGCCUCUUCCAUUCGGCCAGCUCCUCCUCGAGAUCCAUGUCUGGGACCGCGGCUUUCCUGAACUUCUAGCGUGGUGGGAGAUGCUCGAGGCGGUAGGGCUGCGGCCCUUUUGGACGCAGCCGAACCUGGUUUACCAAAACUACAACAAGAAGAAAACGGCCGAGUUGGCUGAGUACUCUUUCCUCAACGUACAAGGCGAAAACAUCUUCAUAUCCGACCCGCUUUCGAGUUCCCGUCUUUCCAAGGAUGUCAGGUAG